CCUCAACUGGUUGGAAUGUAUACCGCUCAUGCUUUUGUGAGCCGAUCACAGCGGCUGGUGGAAGGACUAGCGAGGGCGCGAAGGGCGUGCGGCAGCCAAGGGAACCUGUUCUCAGGCAUCUUAGCUAGCUAUGCCACAGUAGGAGAUGUGUUGCAAAAUAGUAGUAAAGAGGAUGUCAUCAAGCCUGGGAGGACGCUGGUCCUUGCUGGGGUCGACCCUGCCGAUGAACUUCAACGGCAUUUGCGCACUUUCGCCUCCAGCUUCAGGAUACGUGAAUUGCCGAGCACCAGCACCCGUGCUGAUGUAUUCAAGGCAGCAUCAGUUCGGAAACCUGAUAGAACACUCGACCGGUCGCAUGUUGUAGCCGUAAUUCUCAAGGCCGACAGGCGCGUUCCAGAGCCAGAACCCGAGGCCGGUAACGACGAGGACACGAACACCUGUCCUUGGUCCUCUCCGUCUUCGGGGCUUGGUCAUGUGCUGGAGCUUGUACGGGUGGCACGUGUUGCCUGUCCCCAUGCCUUCAUUAUCCUUUGGCAUCCCGACGCCGUGGAGGAUCCGGAGAUGCGGGUUUCCGCGUUCGCGGCGGGUGUCAACAUGGUAUCCUGCUACCCGGAGCAUGUAGAAGAGGCGCUUGGCAAACUUGCAAUGAUAGGCGCCAACCCUUCACCACCCACCAGCAGCGAGACCAGCAGCGGCAGCGGCUCAAGCCCAAGCGCCAGCGGCUCAAGCCCAAGCGACCCAAGCUGCGAACCUGGCACCAGCAGCCCCAGCCUCAGCAGCAGCAUCAGCGCUCCCAGCCCAUCGACUACCGACCGCUCCUGCACCUGCGCCUGGUGCGGACAGACGGACCUCACGCCAACCGAACUCUGGAUGCACUCUCCGCUGUACCACGUAUACGAGGAGAACCGCGGAGGCGUCUGCUGCAUAUGCGAUCAGGAAGUAGAUAACCUGGCGAGGCACAUAUACUCGGCUCACAGACCCUCGGGUCCACGCUGCGAGAUGCGCCGUGGGGUAGGCUCCGCGGUGGUGAUCCACCGCAAGCGGGACAACAAGUUCCUGAUGGUGCAAGAGUUCGCUGGUCAGGGCUUCUGGGUGCCAGGCGGAGGAACGGACCCGGGGGAGUCCCUGCGCAACUCCGCGAUACGGGAGUGCAUGGAGGAGGCGGGCGUCGAGGUGGAAUUGAAGGGGCUCGUGGAGCUGGUCUACACGCUGUCUCCAUUCACCGGCAAGCCCACCUGGCGUCUAGCGGUCUUCUACGCCACGCUCAAGGACGAGGACGCGCACCUCAAGACGGUGCCCUGCUUCGAGUCGGCGGGCGCAUGCUGGGUGUCGGUCUGUGAGCUGGCAAAGCUGCCGUUGCGCAGUGAGCGCAUUCCCCUCAGCUGGUUCCCUCGCUUCGCGAUGGGUUACGAGCCCAAGCGGCUAGCGCUGCCGGAGGAGCUCAAGGAGUUGUUUGCGGAUUUGGAGUUUUAAACGUGAGACCUGUAGGAGGCCUGGAGUUUGCACGUGAGACGUGUAGGCCUGGUGUUUGAGUUGAGACCUGUAGGCCUGGAGGUAUUGAAACUGAGACCUGCCGACCUGGAAAUUGUUGUAAUAAUAGUAGGGGUUUGGAUUUGAUGGCUGUGGGUGGAGGACGAGGUUGAGAGGGUGCUUUGAUGAGUGGGCGUUCUUGGGUUUCCUUUUUAGGUUGUUGUGUGCUGGUGACGGAGUGGUGGUGGCGUCGGUUAGGGGUUUGGGUGGAUCGGUGUGUGAUCCAGCCUCUCUGGCGUCUCGGUUCGGUUAUAGUGUACGGCGUAUCCACGUGGUUGGCUGGCGGCACGGAGCGGAGGGCGUGUUCUGGUUUGCAUCCGCACCAUGGCACGUGGCCUACACGGUCGUCGAAAUCUUACUGUACUCGGUCGUCGAAAUUAGGGUGUUCUUAACUUGUUGUCGGGCUAGGUUUGUAGCGGUGCUGCAGUUUUGUGAAAUUAAAUUUCUUAGGCGAUAGUGGAGUUUGGCUCCACGUUCUUGUGGCCGCCUGUCGCGAGAGGAGCGGAGUUGUUGAUGUCUAGCGAAGUGCUGUCUGUUUGCGUGUUAGGAGAAAGUAUGCGCGAGGGGAAAAGAGUGGAGCGCGCGAGGUUAGGUGGCGGGGAGCUAGGUACGGCGUCAGUGGAUUGGACCGAAACGUUGCGAGCUGAUUGGAUGCUGCUGGCACGGAGGCACGGUGACUCAUCGAAAGAUGUAUAACAGGGGACUGUCCUUGUGAUCAGAAUUCGGGAAGCUGCUCGGUGCAUGAGCUUUUUAGAUGCAAUUUGGUUUUGGCGCGCGCUAGGCCCAGGAUUGUUGGGGUUACCUUGAUGCACGUGAUUAGGUUUCGCAAUGGCCUAGUAAGGGCCACUAGAUGCUCCAUGCAAAUCCCUAGCAAGCGGGGUGCCACGCGUUGUCAAGAGGGCAUAGGCCAACUCUGGAAUCACUGGACACACAUGCAUUUGCCCUCGGUUAGCAGUUGAGAAUGCUCUUGCGGCGUGAGGCUCCAAUGCGCUUAGAUGAAAAUAGGGUAGAGGAUUGCUUGACACGUACGUAACUUCCUUGGGUUUGUCCUGCGCAAUACAUGACAGUUGGUUGCAGUGCGAGCGUGUGAGUAUGUGGUGAAGGUUCUUAGGGGCGUGUUACGAUGUGUCAUAAGAGGGUAUUAAGUUCAGGACCCAAGCCAACAAUGCAGGGCCUACACUUGGCUCUUCGGCAUUCUUUUGCUUCGGAGGCCGUGUAGGCCACGAUAAGGCACAAUGACGCGUUUAAUUUGCGGUACCACUGGACUGAGGAGGUAUCAUCCUAGCACUGGGGGGG